AUGGACAAAUGCAGAAAUUCUAGCAGAAAGUACAAACUCUCUGCUGGAGAUUCGACUUUUGGUAAGCCAACGGUUAGAGGUUCCGUAACGAACGAUAAUUUGAGUGAUGAUGGAGAAAUUGAAUUUGAAGGAUGGGUUGAAUUUGUAACUAAAAAUGGUAAUGAUGAUACUAACCUUUCUCAGGAGAAAAAAAAAAGACAUGGUCGAAAUAGAAAUCAUACUGUAAGUUUAUGUAACAUUGCAAAAGAUGAUAUUGUAUUUAAUAAAAGUAGAAAAAGAGAUAAACAAUCAAGAAGAGAUUCAAAAAAAGGCAAUGAAAUGAAUACAGAUUAUAUGUAUAGCAAUAAUAAUAAUAAUAUAUAUGCAAACUAUGUAUUUAAACAACCUAACGAGAUCUCAAAUGGUAGUAUUCUUUAUACUCUAAGAAAUAACAAUAAUAAUAAUAAUUAUAAUAAUAAUAAUAAUGUUGUUACACCAUUAUAUAUUAAUAACCAAACAAAAACAAACGAUAAUCUUAUUAAUAUAUUAAGUCCUAACUAUGUAGAUCCUGCACCUCCUAUUGUUCUAAAAAAUCAACAAGUCCUUCCUCAAUUAUAUAUAAGACAACCACCAACGGUUAUUGUAACUAAUGAACCUAGACCCCCAUUAGUUAUUAACCCCCCACCAGCAAAUAUUAUAUUUAAAAACAAAUCACCACAACCAAUAUAUGUUAAUAGUACUAGACCAAAUAUAAUAAUUAAAAAUGACCCCCCGGUUGUGCAAAACCCUAUUAAUAUGGAUACUACACCAGUACAAUUAGACAUGCCAACAGAAAAUAUUACAAUAAAUAAAGAAACAAUAAACUAUCCUUAUGUAAUGAAUAUUAAAAAAGAUUCAUUUUUAGACAACAGAAAUGUGUACUUAAAAGGAAGUGUAUCAAGUACCAAUGCAUCUGUAUCACCAACAAAUGUUAUAUAUGUAGAAAGUAAUAAUAAUAAUAAUAAUAUGAAUGAUAUAAAUCAACAGAAUAUACCAAAUUUUUACAUGAUGAAUAAUAACCAAACUCCACAUUUACAUCAAACAACAAAUGCAUAUGCAACCAUACCACCAAUUAAUAACCAUCAAAUACAAACUCAACCAACAAAUACAGUACAAUAUAUUCAACCAAAUUAUGAACAAGUCAUAACACAAGUAGAUCAAAAUCGUAAUCUAUUCAAUCAACAGCUUGUAGGAAGUACAGUAAUGCAAAAUAUGACACCACAAGGUGUAAACACGUUAAAUUAUCCUGCAACGAUCAAUACUGUAUGUGUUCCACAAACAAUUUCUAAUACUAAUAAUACAACAUCGCAACAAGUACAAUACAUUCCUCAAACACAAGCAUAUGCACCAUAUAAUAAUGUACAAAAUACCACAAUUUAUGAAAGGAAUUAUGUACCACAAAUAGCACAAAAUACAAUGACAAAUAAUGUAGUACAACAAUAUGUUCCUUCCACAACUACAAUGGUACAAGAAAAUGUACAGAAUACACCAUCUUCUCAAUAUAGAAUACUUGUUCCUAAUAAUGACAAUAUUCAAUCUCCAAAUAUUAUUAGACAUUACAAUAAUAUUUCAAAUACAAAAAAUAAUGUUAAUAAAGCUAUAGUGCAACCAACUUAUAACUCUAGCGAGAUUUUACCUUCCUGUUCUCCAUCAGGAUGUGCAUCAAGAAAUAAAGUUACGCAUGUACAAAAUGUUAGAAGAAAUUCAUAUAUAAAUCCACACUCGCAUAGUAUGCAUGAAUGUCCAAAAAAAGUACAAAUAAUUGCACGACCCAUGCAUGACCAAAAUUUAAGAACAUACAGUUUAUGCAGAUAA